AGAGAGAAGACGGUAGCGGUCCUCUUGUUCUCAACCAGCCGGCGGCGGAAGUCUUCCACUCGGCGUGUGAUCGCUGCGGACCGUCCGAGCAUCGAUGAGCAAAACCUCCGGAAUAUUCCAUUGCUGGAGAGGCCACAAGCGACCAGCGUGGAGGACCGUGCGCGUUUGGGCCGACUAAAGGGAAGUAAAGGCGGGAGCAUGGCGGUGGAAGAGGAAGGUCUGCGCGUUUUCCAGAGCGUUAAAAUCAAAAUAGGGGAAGCAAAGAACAUCCCUCCGUACCCGGGGCCAAACAGGAUGAGGGACUGCUACUGUACUGUCAACCUGGAUCAAGAAGAAGUCUUCAGGACUAAAAUCGUUGAGAAGUCACUCUGUCCGUUCUAUGGCGAGGACUUCUACUGUGAGAUCCCACGCAGCUUCAGACACCUCUCCUUCUACAUCUUUGACAGGGACGUCUUCAGGAGGGACUCCAGUAUCGGCAAGGUUGCAGUGAAGAAAGAGGACCUGCAGAAAUAUCACGGCAAGGACACCUGGUUCCAGCUCCAACCUGUCAGCGCUGACUCCGAGGUGCAGGGAAAAGUGCACUUGGAGCUCCGCUUGAGUGAAGUCAUCACAGACAGUGGAGCCAUCAACCACAAACUAGCCACACGAGUGCUGGAGUGCCAAGGUCUUCCAAUUGUCAAUGGCCAAUGUGAUCCCUACGCUGCUGUCUCACUACUCGGUCCUUCCAGGUCAGAGGCGAAGAAGACCAAGGUGAAGAGGAAAACCAACAAUCCACAGUUCGACGAGAUUUUUUAUUUUGAGGUGACGCGGCCAUUAAGCUACACAAAGCGGCAGUUUGACGUGGAAGAGGAAGACGUGGACAAACUGGCACUGCGGGUGGACCUGUGGAACGCUAGCAACCUGAAGUUUGGUGAUGAGUUCCUGGGAGGAGUGAGGGUUCCCCUCAGAGUCCUGGGUCAGGUCGGAGUCCACGACGCAUGGUACUAUCUCCAGCCCAGGGAGAAUGGAGGCAAGUCGGUCAAGGUGGAAGAGCUGGGGUCUUUGCGUCUCAACAUCGUUUACACAGAAGACCACGUCUUCCCGUCCGAGCACUACACCCCGCUCAGAGAUUUGCUGCUGCAUUCUGCCAACGCACAGCCGGUGUCGGCGUCCACGGCUAACAUCCUGGGGGAGGUGUGUCGAGAGAAGCAAGAAGCCGCCAUUCCGCUUGUACGACUCUUCCUGCACUACGGCAAGAUCGUGCCUUUCAUCAGUGCCAUCGCUCAAUCUGAGGUCAACCGCACGCAGGACCCAAACACCAUUUUCCGGGGGAACUCGCUGACGUCCAAAUGCAUCGACGAGACCAUGAAGCUGGCAGGAAUGCACUACCUGCAGGUCACACUUAAACCCAUCAUAGACGAGAUCUGCGCAGAACACAAGUCGUGUGAAAUCGACCCAGUGAAGCUGAAGGAGUCGGAGAACCUGGACACGAAUCGAGAAAACCUCCGACAUUACGUGGACCGCAUCUUCAACGUCAUCACCACCUCGGGCGUCAGCUGUCCCACGGUCAUGUGUGACAUCUUCUUCUCGCUGCGAGAGUCGGCCGCCACGCGUUUCCAAGUGGACCAAGAUGUGCGAUACACGGCAGUGAGCAGUUUCAUCUUCCUGCGUUUCUUUGCUCCGGCCAUCCUCUCACCGAACCUCUUUCAUUUACGGCCGCACCAUCCGGAUCCCGCCACAUCCAGAACCCUCACCCUCAUAUCCAAGACCAUCCAGACCCUGGGAAGUCUGGCAAAGUCCAAAUCCGCCAAUUUCAAAGAGUCUUACAUGGCUGCAUUUUACGACUACUUCAACGAGCAGAAGUAUGCAGAUGCUGUGAAGAAUUUCCUGGACCUCAUCUCCACCUCAGGCAAGUGGGAUCAGAAGAGUAUUGAGACGCCAAUCAUGCUGAAAGAAGGGAGUGUGAGAGUCACUAUAAAGAGGGUUGAUGGGAAGGGCAGAUUUAUGAUCAAGAGAGCACAAGGCAGGAACCGCUUUGGAAUGAAGAACUUCAAGAAGCGGUGGUUUCGCCUCACCAACCACGAGUUUACCUACCACAAAACUAAAGGAGAGGGCGCUCUGUGCAGCAUUCCCAUCGAGAACAUCCUGGCUGUGGAAAGGCUGGAGGAAGAGUCGUUCAAGAUGAAAAAUAUGUUCCAGGUGAUCCAGCCGGAGAGAGCGCUCUACAUCCAGGCCAACAACUGCGUGGAGGCGCGCGACUGGAUCGACAUCUUGACCAAAGUCAGCCAGUGCAACCGCAAGCGUCUCAGCACCUACCAUCCUUCAGCCUACCUCAACGGCCACUGGCUCUGCUGCAAGCUUUCUGCUGACACAGCACCUGGCUGCACGCCCUGCACCGGCGGCCUGCCUGCCAACAUCCAGCUGGACGUAGACGGCGACCGAGAGACGGAGAGGAUCUACUCUCUCUUCAGCACCUACAUGACCAAACUCAUCAAGAUGCAAGAGGCCUGCGGCAGUAAGUCUGUGUACGACGGACCCGAGCAAGAGGAGUACUCCAGCUUCCUCAUCGACGACCCCCAGGAGACCUACAAGACCCUGAAGAUGAUCGUGUCGGCUGUGCAGACGUUGGAGCAGCAGCACACCAAAUACAAGCGGGACAAGUUCAAGAAGACCAAGAUAGGCAGCCAAGAACAUCCGAUCGGAGACCAGAGUUUUCAGUGUUACAUCCGCCAGCAGUCAGAGAGUUCCACCUACUCCAUCUGACCUCUUUCUGCACCGCCCAGGACCGCCGCGUCCUUCCGCACCUGCGGUGAGUCCCGGCGAAACGCCGUUUUUUGUUAACGUUCGCCGGGCCCCCCGCCCCACCGUGUCACGGAGGAACUGACCUCAGACAGGAAGAGGAAGUGCAGGGAGAAGAGAAGAAGGCGGGAACUUUUCUCACUGGUGCAUUCCCCCAGUGAGCGACGUGCACUUUAAUCGCCUCCGCAUCAACGGACCAAUAAGUCACAGCACAUUUUCAAAAAGUGGACUUUAUCGCUUUGAUUUGUACUUUGCUUACGAUAGUUCUUUGUAUUCCAUGUACCACAGACCAAAAACUCUGUAGUUUGGCCCCCAGCUAUACAAGAGCAGACGGCGGGGGCCUCGCAAGAAGGGAUUGUGGGGACCAUGAGCGCUAAUUAGCCCCCUUUUGCCUAAAUGUGUCAAAAGUCAAUGAUUAGCUUCAUUUGAAAUGUCACGGCAAACGUAUUCCUAACCCCUUCCUGCUCCAUCACGGAUAAGAAUAUUCCCUUGGAGACUCUGGCUCGUCAGGGCAGGUCUAGUAAGGCGGUCAAUAUGACCACAAACCACCAUUCAGUUGGAUUUCAAAAUGGAUAUUUAAGUGGACACGAUGUAUUAUUUUGUGUCUCAAUGAUUACAAAAGCUGCAGGGAUGGUCCUAGAAAACGAUUUUUUAAAAUAAAUUCUUAAUCGAUUCAGUAUCGUAAUAAAUAGGAAUCGUGAUUCAGAUAUAAAUACAAAAUGCGCAGCAUUCGUUCUGGGUUCGAUAUCCCAGGCUCGAUUCAACCUUUCUGAUAAGACAAGCAUGACAACAAAUCUUUAAAUGUUGGCAAAACAACUCAUUGGUGGAAUGAGACAAUAUUUGGGUGAUCGUUCUCCAUGUAAGAGUCUGAAGAUAACUGUCAAAUUGUGCGCCGUCUUGUUUUGAAGACCGGAGUCGAACCACGUCUUCACUCGUCUUGCCCCAAAUUGUUCUUUUUCGCCUCCCUGACCCACCUUUUCCAGUCAUUUCAAUAUCGUCCUAAGUCGUCGUGUUCGGUGACGUCGCCGAGUGUUGCCACGGCAACAGCGGCCCGUUCUAUUUCAAGAAGUCCCCCGACUGGCUGCCGACGGUCUUACACCUCAGAGUCCGGUUCUGGGUUUGAAUCCAACACUUUCCCCAUUUGCUGCUUCUGAUCGUCACCAUUGCCAAAACGGUGGCUUCUGAGCACCGCCCACAUGUUUCAUAGCUCCUGUGCCAGUCAGUACUUUUUAUACAGUCCUCCUUUUGACACAAACUAAAGAAAAACACCACCUAUUAGAUGUGUUUUUUUAAUAUAUAUAUAAAUAUAAAUAUAAAUAUCAUAACCUGUGAUGUUUUCAAACCUUCAAUCAUGUUUAUGUUAGCUGUGUUGUGUGAACUUGACUCUUUGUCAUGCGACGACUGAAGUGUAUCUUAAAGUGGUGUACGUGUGUGUGUGUGUGUGUGUGUGUGUGUGUGUGUGUGUGUGUGUGUGUGUGUGUGUGUGUGUUGGGAGACGAUUCGAUUCUCGAUUCAACACGAUUCAAAACGAUUUUCUCAAUGUAUUAUUUGGUAUAAUAAUUACCGUAUUUUUCGGAGUAUAAGUCGCACCUGCCGAAAAUGCAUAAUAAAGAAGAAAAAAAAACAUUUAUAAGUCGCAUUUUUGGGGGAAAUUUACUUGAUAAAACCCAACACCAAGAAUAGACAUUUGAAAGGCAAUUUAAAAUUAAAGCUGCAAGCAGCGAUGGACGGGACCGACUUUGAGGGCUCAUAAAAUCCAAACCGGAGCUGUGAUUAAAACUCUUUCAUCAACUUUUAAUAGGAAGGGUUCAAUCUCUCUCCUGUGCUAAUUUGAAGCCGACACGACAAACGCGCUCAGAGGAGGUAAUGUUUGAAAAAAGGUGACUGUUUUUACACAACUUUUGUUUUGAAGGGGGAAUUGCAAACUUCCUGUUGAUUUUUGCUGGGGGUUGUCAGUGUAUGAAAUAUACCGUAUUUUUCGGAGUAUAAGUCGCACCGGAGUAUAAGUCGCACCUGCCGAAAAUGCAUAAUAAAAAAGGAAAAAAAC